AUGUCUCAGGUCAGUGUGCAGAUGAGCUCAACGGCACACCAGAGUGAAGCGAGUGAAGACCUGCUGAGUGACAUUUCGGCAGAGAAGCGCGUCAAUGUGCUGCAUCGUCCUCUGCGCCCGCUGCAUUUCGUCCUCGGCCUCGCUGGCUUAUGGCCAUACUGGUACGACAAAGCGGCCUCGGAAUACAAGCUGUUGUGGCUCAGUGCUCAAGGGGCGCACACGAUGCUCACCUUCGGCUACAUCUCGGUCCUGCUGCUGACAACGGCCUUCGGGGUGUUCCGCAUGGUCCUCCUGCAGCAGACGGACGCCGCGGACCCCCCUGCGGACCCGAAGAAGCAGAGCAUCAAGAUCACCGGCGUCGUUAUGGUGGUGGGCUACCUCAUCAACGCGUGGGUGCAGCUCCUCAACACCAUCCUCGCGGGGCGCAGGUUGUGUCGCCUGCUCAACCGAUGGAACAAAUUUCACGUCGCCACCUUCAUCGAUCCGACCAAAGGCCUCUACGUCAAAUCUUGCGUGAAGGUUGUGUAUAUGGUUGCCUUUAUGAUAACCAUGCUUGUGCUAACGGUUGUCGAGGUGCCAGAGUUCCUCCUCGAUGUGCUGGACGGCCUCGCGGAACACAUUUUCCUCGUCCCUUCAGCGUGGCUUAUCCACAGCGGCGUCUUCACUAAGGUGGUGCGCACAGCCGUCUGUUCGGCGUCUCUUCAUCAGUUUAUCGUCAACAAGGGAACUGUAUUUGCUUUCACCACCAGCUGCCACCUCCUCAGGAAGGGAUUCGCCACCUGGAACAAUCACCUGCAGGAGGCGCUUGAGGGUGAUUGUUGA